CCGUUUUGACACUGCCCAAACAAAAAAAAAAGUGGUCCGGUCGCGGGACGGGGUCGCCGAGAUUCAAAAAAAUCGAUUUUUCCUGUUUUGCGCGACAACUCUGUGCUGUCCGUAGAAAAAGUCUCCCGAGGUCAUUUCCCGAUGGGCCGUUAGAUUGACCAAACCGGUUGUUUGCAGCGCGUGUUUAAGUUGGAAGAGAGUUCGGCGUUUUCGGUUGGUGGAACCUACGUUUGAGGGUGUAAAAAUCGAUUCUGGUUUCGGGUUCGUUCGAUCGAUCCGUUCUCGAAAGAUGAGCAGCGAUGAGGAGAUUCUGGUUGGCGAACUGAAAGUGGUGUACGAUUUUGUGACCCGGGCCAAGUUCCGAAAGGCGUUCGAGGCCCUGCAGAAGCUGCUUCAGCUGAAGACACCGGAAUUGACCGAGGCUCCACUGGCCGCCGCCGGCAUCGAGGACAAGGACUCGGCCGAGGAGCUGUUUCUGUUUGUGGUCAGCAAGUACGCCGAUCAACUCGAGCAAGAGGAAAAGUUCCAGGAGGUGUUCGAGAUCAUCGAGCAAGGGUUGGAGCUUUUCCCGGAACAUCCGGAACUGCUGAACGAAACCGGCGUCCGACUGCAACGUUAUGGCCGCUCGCUGGAGGCGUCGAUCUGCUUCGAGCGGGUUCUGCUGCAGGAGCCCAAGUAUCUGAAGGCGUACCAGAACCUGCAGAACACCAAGUGUGAACUGGUCGAGCGGUGGCACUUUCGUAUGCUGAACGACGUGGUGCGGAACGCGGCGUACAAACGCGCCAUCCAGAACCAGAUCAAGGCCGGUCACGACGAGGUGCUGGAUAUUGGGACUGGGACGGGGUUGCUGUCGCUGUAUGCGCUCAAGUGCGAGGGGAUCCGGAAGGUGGCCGCUUGCGAUGGUUCGGAGAUUAUGGUGCAGAUAGCGAGGGAUGUGUUCGGGGCGAACGGGUUGAGCGAUCGGAUUUGUCUGUUCCAGAGCUUUUCGCAGGAUUUGAAGAUUGGGGACAAGUUUUCGUUGAUCGUGACGGAAACGUUGGAUUCGGGUGCGUUUGGCGAGGGUAUUCUGGAGACGUUGAUCCACGCCAAGCAGAACCUGCUGCUGCCCAAGGGACGGAUCGUGCCGAGUCAGGUGGUGCUGUACGUGUCCGGGUACCGGUCGCGGGCUUUAACCGCAAGCAAUAUUUUGAUCAACGAACAUUUUAGCAGUGAUUUUAAUCUACCGAGCAAUUGUCUGAUUUCGAAGGAGGGAAUCAAGUGUUACGACGCGGAGGACGUCAGUAGGAUUAAGGCAAACGACGACUUUGUCUUCGUUACGGACACGGUCUGUGCGAUGACGGUCGAUUUUAAUGAUCUCGAGUGUUUGGUGCGCUGCCAGGAGGGGCUGGAGGUGGAUCAGUUUGAGCUGAGCUGUUUGGAUGAUGGCAUUUUGGAUGGGUUUGUUGUGUGGUUCGAUUUGGAGUUGGAUGAGGAUAAUAAGAUUAGCACCGAUCCGACGACGGCCACCUGCUGGAAUCAAGCAAUAUUUAAGCUAAAUCAACGGCUCCCAGUUACCAAAGAGCAGCGAUUGUCGCUGACCAUGUCCUGCAAGGACGGAGCCCUCGCCAUAUCUCACAACCUAAACUCGAUGGAUAAUCAAAUUAGUAUUGACGAGCACGUGCUGGAAUAUUUAAAUGAUGCUGAAUAUUAUAACAAACUGACCACAGAUAUUGAAGAGAUGGAAGACCUGGAGAAGGUCUUGGAUUUAUCGCUGUUCCCGUAUACAGGGUUGAAGCUCCUCAAAGAGGGCAAAACUUCGAUGUUGUUCUGCUUGGAUCGUGCCGAAGAUCUGAUUGAAUUUAUCGCUAAUCAAAACGACAUUCCAAUGAGCGCAAUCAUGCUGCUCAGUUCGCUUCCCGAAGCAUUCCUGCUGAACGAUUACACGCUAGAUCUGAUCAUCCUGCAGCCGGUCGACGUGUUCGGUCAGAUCAACAGCGAACACUUUUGCCAGUAUCAAUCGCUCUUCCCCAAGCUUAAACCCACCGGAUCGAUCGUCCCGUCGCGACUCGAACUGCACGGCAGCAUCGUCCACUCGGACUGGAUCGUCAAGUGUUGCCGCGUGGAAAAUCCCGAGCUGCACCAGUUCCACAUCGAUCGCUACCUUUCCACGCUGGAAACAGAAAACCACCUCGAUCUCGGCCCGUUCACGUAUGAAAACCUAGCCGAACCGGCCAAGCUGACGGACGUGCACUUUGACGGCAAGCUGCACGAGGCGGACAUGCAGCUGGCGCUCCGGGAACCGACCGAUCCCGCCCAUAUCCACGCCAUCCUGUACUACUACCAGAUCGAAUUCGCACCGCAGAAGGAAUUUCUCAGCACGCAACGGGUGCAGAGCUUCGCCAAGCGGUCUGCUUUUAUCAUUCCAAAGGACGCAUUCCAGGGGGGCAAUGGCAAAGCUCAAGCAGGACAAGAGAACGACGACAACGAAGAAGAAGGCGGCCAACCGGCCCGGACCAAGGUGAACCGAGUCAAUAUCAAUAUAGUGCAGAAUCAUGGUGUUAUUAAGUGCAAUCUGCUUGACUGUCAGUAGAGAAUCAUUAUUAUACUCUAUACACUACAUAUAUACAGAAGAAGAAGAAGA